AGCAAACGUCACUGAGAGGAGACUCGGCGGUCUGGGAGGGUCCCCAUCAGGCGUCCGGAGUCCGGUUUACUGAUCAGCUGGGUCUGUCUGUCUGUUCACCUGUCUGCUUGUCUGUCUGUCUGUCUGUCUGCCUGUCUGCCUGUCUGUCUGUGGGUGGAGGGACUCAGCUGCAGCGGGAGGAUGCUCUCUCCUCCUGCCUGGAAUCAGGACUUUCCUCUCCUGUCAUCCGGACGGGAUGCUGCGGUCUGAACCCGGGGCUUCUCCCCUUCUCUACCCGCUGAAGUUGGCUCACCAGCGGUGAUUAAACCCUCUUUUCAGCCCCUCUCUCUCUCUCUCUCUCUCUCCUCCUCCUUCUCAUCCUCCUUCUCAUCCUCCUCUUCCUCCUCCGUCUCCCUCCGGAACGGUCCCGAUCAUUUCACAGUGGAAAUAAUCCGCUUCUUUUAACGUAGACAUGAUGAGGCUGCUGCACACCCUGAAUUCCUGACUGGUGGAUUUUUUUUUGGUACAUUUUUUUAUUUUACUCGCGCACAGAUUUGUGAAUGGGUUUGUGAGCCUCCGCACGUUUUUUUUCUUCUUUCCUCCAGCGCAAAAAAACCCCCGUCUCCACCUUCCGCGUUAAUCCGCGGAGGGAUGAUGUGAACAACCGGGGGGGAUACAGGAGGAACAACAAACAAACAACCCGUGCUGUAGUAACCAUGGCUGCUACCGAGGUCGAGGAUUAGUGUGAGGAGGGAUUACAUUUUCCAGGAGCAGAACCCUCCAUCAGUUGUGCUGUUUCUUUUUUUUAUUUUUUAUUUAUUGGACAGAACUUCUAUAUCUUCUCUAUUUCCGUCUCUUCUUUCUUUUAAUUUCCUUUUUAAAAAAGUAAAAUACGGAGAAUCUUCCAGGCUGAGGCAUAAAUGAACGAGGCUCAGAGUAAAAACACAACAAAGUUGCUAUUAAAUACCAUAAAUCAUGACGGCGUCGUUAUAGUUUAUUGAGCAAUAAGAACACGGUGAGUCCCUUUAGAAAUAUUAAAGGAAAUUGCAGUCAAACCACAGGAGAUGUAAACAAUAAAUACUGUUGAGUGCAUCGGAAACUGUGCAGGACUAUUCAAUCAGCAGCAGACCUGAGGAUGAAGAUGAUGAUGAUGAUGGCUGAUUGAGAGCAAAGAGCUCUGAGCCGCCUGUUUUUUUUCUGAGCUCCUUAAUUCACCUGCCGGAUGCAGAACUGUGGACACAGAGAUCUGACCAGAGAUGGACAAUGACCCCUAAUCGAUAAUAACUCUUCUGAUGUGGUCUGGAGGAUCUUAAACCAGAAGAAGAAGCCGGAGUGAACCAGCAGCAGCAGCGGACACGGUGCGCCGCCAGAUGAGCGAGGAUGUCGGACCGGAGCGCCCCGGGCUGCCGGCUCAGACUGGACUGGGUCUACGGGUACCGGGGCCACCAGUGCCGGAAUAACCUGUUCUACACCGCCGGCAAGGAGGUGGUGUACUUCGUGGCCGGGGUCGGCGUGGUGUACAACACCAGAGAGCACAGCCAGAGGUUUUACCUGGGCCACAACGAUGACAUCAUCAGCAUGGCGUUGCACCCGGAGCGCUCCCUGGUGGCGACGGGUCAGGUGGGGAAGGAUCCCUACGUGUGUGUGUGGGACUCCUUCACCGUCCAGACCGUCUCUCUGCUUCGGGACGGACACACACACGGCAUCGCCUGCCUGGCCUUCAGCGCUGACGGACAGCGGUUAGCCUCGGUCGGCCUGGAUGCCAAGAACACAUUGUGUAUCUGGGAGUGGAAGAGAGGGAAGAUCCUGGCUACAGCCACCGGACACUCGGACAGGAUCUUCGACGUCAGCUGGGAUCCGGUUCAACAGAACCGUCUGGUGAGCUGUGGAGUCAAACACAUCAAGUUCUGGUCUCUGUGUGGGAACGCUCUCACUCCAAAGAGGGGGAUCUUUGGGAAGACGGGCGACCUGCAGACCAUCCUGUGCGUGGCGUCCGCUAAAGACGACUUGACGUACUCCGGGGCGCUCAACGGGGACAUUUACGUCUGGAAGCUGCUCAACCUGACGCGAACGGUUCAGGCUGCACACGGAGCUGGCAUCUUCAGCAUGUAUUUCUGCGAGGAGGGUUUCGCAACGGGGGGCAGAGACGGCUGCAUCCGACUGUGGGACGCCGACUUCAAGCCGAUCACCAAGAUCGACCUCCGGGAGGCCGAGCAGGGUUACAAAGGACUGUCUAUUCGCAGCGUCUGCUGGCGAGCCGACCGGAUCCUGGCCGGAACACAAGACAGCGAGAUCUUUGAGGUGAUGGUGAGGGAACGGGACAAGCCGCUGCUGAUCAUGCAGGGCCACGGCGAGGGCGAGCUCUGGGCGCUGGACGUUCACCCCAAAAAACCUCUGGCCGUCACCGGCAGCGACGACCGCUCCGUCAGGUUGUGGAGUCUGGCUGAUCACGCCCUCAUCGCUCGCUGCAACAUGGAGGAGGCGGUGCGGAGCGUGGCGUUCAGCGUGGACGGGUACCAGCUGGCUCUGGGCAUGAAGGACGGAUCCUUCACUGUGCUGAGAGUCAGAGACAUGACGGAGGUCGUCCACAUCAAAGACAGGAAGGAGGUGAUCCACGAGAUGAAGUUCUCUCCAGACGCAGCGUACCUCGCCGUCGGCUCCAACGACGGGCUCGUGGACAUCUACGCCGUCGCCCAGAGAUACAAGAAGGUAGGAGAAUGCUGUAAUUCAGCCAGUUUCAUCACACACCUGGACUGGUCUCUGGACAGCAAAAUCCUGCAGACCAAUGACGGAGCUGGCGAACGCCUCUUCUACCGAAUGCCCAUGGGAAAGCUGAUUGUCAGUAAGGAGGAGGUCAAAGGUCAGCGCUGGGCGUCCUGGAGUUGCGUCCUGGGCUCAGAGGUCAGCGGCAUCUGGCCUAAAUACUCUAAUCUAACCGAGAUCAACGCAGUGGAUGCCAAUCACGCUGCCGCUGUACUUGUUACCGGGGACGACCUCGGCCUCGUUAAGCUCUAUCGCUUCCCCUGUCUGAGGAAAGGAGCGAAAUUCAAGAAGUACAUCGGUCACUCUGCCCACGUGACCAACGUCCGCUGGUCACAUGACCUGCAGUGGGUGCUGACCACAGGUGGGGCCGACCACGCCCUCUUCCAGUGGAGGUUUCUGCCAGAGUCGGUGAUGAACGGGGGACCGGACACCAACACACAAGACGGUCAUGGGGACUCCAACAGCGAGGAGUCGGACAGCGACGUGUCGGAAGUCCCGGAGCUCGACUCCGACAUUGAGCAGGAAACACAGAUCAACUACGACAGACAGGUGUAUAAGGAGGACCUGCCUCAGUUGCGACAGCAGAGCAGGGAGAAGAAACAGCAGGUUGGAUCUCUGAAGAGACAGAGAGGACCAGACCAAGGCCUCCGUCUGCAGUUUGUUCACGGGUACCGUGGUUACGACUGCAGGAACAACCUGUUCUACACCCAGGGCGGGGAGGUGCUGUACCACGUGGCGGCGGUGGGCGUGGUCUACAACCGGCAGCUGCACAGCCAGCGCUUCUACCUCGGCCACGACGACGACAUCCUGAGCCUCAGCAUCCACCCGCUGAAGGACUACGCCGCUACGGGCCAGGUGGGGAGGGACCCGGCCGUCCAUGUAUGGGACAUCCAGACUCUGAAGUGUCUCUCUUUGCUGAGAGGUUUCCACCAGAGGGGGGUGUGUGCGCUGGACUUCUCAGCUGAUGGAAAGACUCUGGUGUCAGUGGGAGUCGAUGACGGACAUUCAAUUGUGGUCUGGGACUGGAAGAGAGGAGAGAAACUCGCCACUGCCAGGGGUCACAAGGAGAAGAUAUUUGUGGUGAAGUGUAAUCCCAUGCUGAUGGACAAACUGGUCACCGUGGGAAUCAAACACAUCCAGUUCUGGCAACAUGCAGGCGGUGGUCUGACCUCCAGGCGCGGUGUGUUCAGGAGCGUCGGCCGUCCGGAGACCAUGAUGUCGGUGUGUUACGGCCGCAGCGAGGCGCUCGUGUUCUCCGGCGCCGCCACCGGAGACGUUUACAUCUGGAAGGAAACGCUGCUGCUGAAAACGGUCAAAGCCCACGACGGGCCGGUGUUCGCCAUGUUCUCCCUCGACAAGGGCUUUGUGACGGGCGGGAAGGACGGCGUGGUGGAGCUGUGGGACGACAUGUUCGACCGCUGUCUGAAGACGUACGCCAUCAAGAGAGCGACGCUGUCCCCGAGCUCUAAAGGCCUGCUGCUGGAGGACAACCCGUCCAUCAGGGCCAUCACUCUGGGUCACGGUCACAUCCUGGUGGGAACCAAAAACGGAGAAGUUCUGGAGAUCGACAAGACCGGACCCAUGACCCUGCUGGUGCAGGGCCACAUGGAGGGAGAAGUCUGGGGUCUGGCCCCUCACCCCCUCCUCCCCGUCUGCGCCACCGUCAGCGACGAUAAAACCCUUCGACUGUGGGAGACGUCGGCCAAUCACCGCAUGGUGGCCGUCCGCAAGCUGAAGAGAGGCGGUCGCUGCUGCACCUUCUCCCCCGACGGAAAGGCAUUGGCCGUCGGUCUGAGCGACGGUGGCGUGCUGGUGGUGAACGCCGACACGCUGGAGGAUCUCCUGAGCUUCCACCAUCGCCGCGACGCCAUCUCUGACGUCCGCUUCACCCCAAACUCAGGUAAAUUCCUGGCGGUGGCGUCACAUGACAGCUUUGUGGACAUCUACAACGUGUUGAGCAGUAAGAGAGUGGGGAUCUGCAGAGGGGCGUCCAGUUACAUCACACACAUCGACUGGGACGCUCGAGGUAAGCUGCUGCAAGUGAACACAGGAGCCAAAGAGCAACUUUUCUUUGAAGCCCCAAGAGGAAGAAGACACACCAUCAAAAACUCUGAGCUGGAGCAAGUCAAGUGGUCCAGCUGGACGUGUGUUCUGGGUCCGAGCUGUGACGGGAUCUGGCCGACGCACAGCGACAUCACCGACGUCAACGGGGCGUCGCUCACCGGAGACAGAACGCUGCUCGCCACCGGAGACGACUUUGGCUUCCUGAAGCUGUUCGGCUACCCGGUUCGAGGUCAGUACGCUCGAUUCAAGCGCUACGUGGGCCACAGCGCUCAGGUGACCAACGUGCGCUGGGCCCAGGACGACGCCGCGCUGCUGACGGUGGGCGGGGCCGACACCGCCCUGAUGAUCUGGGCGAGGGAGCGAGGGGGCGGGGUCAGCGUCGAGGGGGAGGGGCCUCUGUGUGGCGACAACCGACCCACCGUGGACAGCGAGGAGUCGGAGGACGACGUGGAAGAGGACGGAGGUUACGACAGUGACGUUGCCCGGGAGAAGACGGUGGAUUACCCCACGAAGAUGUACGCCGUCAGCCUCAGAGAGAUGAGAGGAACCAAACCGCACCACCAGCUGAAGGAGGUGUCUGCUGAGGAGAGGCCUCCGGUGAGUCGAGCGGCGCCGCAGCCGGAGAAACUCCAGAAGAACAACGUCUCCAAGAAGAAGAGACUGGUGGAGGACCUGGUUUUGGACCACGUGUUUGGUUUCCGGGGCUACGAUUGUCGCAACAACCUGCACUACCUCAACGACGGCACCGACAUCGUCUACCACACUGCCGCCACCGCCAUCGUCCACAGUCUCACAUCUGGAACUCAGAGUUUCUACCUGGAACACACGGAUGACAUCCUCUCUCUGACCGCCAAUCAGCACCCGAAAUACAAAAACAUCAUCGCCACCGGACAGAUCGGUGACGUCAGUGAACUGCCAGGCACCACUCCCUCCAUCCAUGUGUGGGAUGCGAUGAGCAAACAGACUCUGUCCAUCCUCCGCUGUCCUCACACGAAAGGCGUCGGCUACGUUAACUUCAGCGCCACGGGGAAGCUGCUGCUGUCUGUUGGAGUGGAACCUGAACACACCAUCACUGUGUGGCGCUGGCAGGAAGGAUCCAAAGUGUGCAGUAAAGCCGGACACCCGGACCGGAUCUUCGUGGUGGAGUUUCGGCCGGACUCGGACUCCCAGUUCGUGUCGGUGGGAAUCAAACACGUGAAGUUCUGGACGCUGGCCGGCGGCGCUCUGAUGUACAAGAAGGGCGUGGUGGGCACGGUGGAGGACGGCAGGAUGCAGACCAUGCUGUCCGUCGCCUUCGGUGCUAACAACUUGACGUUCACCGGGGCCAUCAACGGGGACGUGUACGUGUGGCGGGACCACUACCUGCUGAGGGUGGUGGCGAAGGCUCACACCGGGCCGGUCUUCACCAUGUACACCACCCUGAGAGACGGGCUCAUCGUCACCGGGGGAAAGGAGAGGCCGACGAAGGAGGGUGGUGCGGUGAAGCUCUGGGAUCAGGAGAUGAAACGCUGUCGGGCCUUCCAGCUGGAGACGGGGCGGCAGGUCGAGUGCGUCCGGUCCGUCUGCAGAGGCAAAGGUAAGAUCCUGGUGGGGACGAAGGACGGGGAGAUCCUCGAGGUCGGGGAGAAGAACGCGGCGUCCAACCUGCUGCUGGACAGCCACGCUCGGGGAGGCAUCUGGGGUGUGAGCGCUCACCCCGCCAAGGAGCUCUGCAUCACCGCCAGUGACGACGCCACCAUCCGACUGUGGGACCUCACUGACAAGAAGCUGUUGAACAAGGUGUGCGUCGGCCACGCCGCCCGCUGUGUGAGUUACAGCGCGGACGGAGAGAUGCUGGCGGUGGGGAUGAAGAACGGCGAGUUCCUCGUCCUCCUCGCCAGCUCGCUGAAGAUGUGGGCGAAGAAACGAGACCGCAGCGUCGCCAUCCAGGACAUCCGGUUCAGUCCGGACCGGCGGCUGCUGGCGGUCGGUUCUGUGGAGAACACGGUGGAUAUCUACGACGUGAGCGGAGGACCGACUCUGAACCGGCUCGUUUACUGCAGCGACAUCCCGGCUUUCAUCCUGCAGCUCGACUUCUCUGCUGACAGCUGUUACAUACAGGUGUCCACAGGAGCAUAUAAGCGGCAGGUGUUUGAGGUUCCUUCAGGGAAGGUGGUGAACGACCAGAUCAUCAUCGACAGAAUCACCUGGGCAACCUGGACCAGCAUUCUGGGAGAUGAAGUUUUGGGGAUUUGGCCACGAAACGCAGACAAAGCUGAAGUGAACUGCGCGUGCGUCUCUCACGCCGGCCUGAACGUCGCCACCGGAGACGACUUCGGUUUGGUCAAACUGUUCGACUUCCCCUGCACAGAGAAGUUUGCCAAACACAAGCGCUACCUCGGCCACUCGGCUCACGUGACUAAUAUCCGGUUCUCCCACGAAGACAAUUAUGUGAUCAGCACAGGAGGAGACGACUGCAGCGUGUUUGUGUGGAAAUGCCUGUGAAGCUCAAGAGACUUCUGCCGUCCGGCGACGCUUUUUUUUUUUUAUUAUCCAAAGCGCCCGUCAAAAGCACCGCGAGUGGACCCAGAGGGAAUCGAACCCGCGACCUCCUUUUUUUUUUUUUUUUUUUAAGAGUUUAAGAAGUCGGAAAUGGAAGAAGACGAGAGUUUUAUCGGAAAAACAUCCGAGACGCUUCAUGAUGGAUCACAUGACCCCGGGGAAAAAAAAUAUAUGAACAAAUGAAGAAUCAUCAGAUGUUUUUGGUUUACUUGAAUUCACAACUGCCCAGUUAGUCACGGUGGAGAAGAGGUUCAGACCCCUGGAGUCAGUGCACCAGAUGCAUAGAAACAUGUGUACACAUAAGACAACAAAAUAUGUAUUUCUAUUCGUCAGACGGUCACUUUUGCUUUUCUGGAGGUUUGUGUCUCUUAUGCUUCUUCUGCCUCCUGGAAUCGGACGCGUCU